AUGGUUGUUACUUUAGAUGAUUUAGUGCGAAUUCUCUCACAGUACUCAGGCCGUGAUAAAACUUUACGAAUUGCUUAUUCUAUUCUCAUCCUUUAUGCAACGCACAUUAGAGAUGAGGUCAAAUCGAAACGCUUAUUAGCACUCUCGAAACAAUUACGUUCAGCGCGUCUUGUGCUUAAGCAGUUCAACCAUGCCGCUGCAUUGCACGCAGCUGUUCAGCUGACCCAUUGCAGUCGCGAAGACUUAGUCGAUUUCUUGUUGCAGGUGUUGGCAAGGAAUGUGAAUUUGAUACAUGGUUUUGUGGAAUCAUUGGCAUGGCUAGCAGACGCGAACAUAAUCAGUUUGGAUGCGGUACGCUUGUUUGGUGUGUGUAAAUAUUUAUGGAUGGUGGUAUUAUUCUCUUCAAUAAUUCGUCUUUCACGAAUCCUACUCCGCAAAGGUGCGCUGAUAAAGUGUUGUGAUGAGACGAUUACUCUUCUCGGUCAAGUCUUCGAUUUUGUUAGCGUUGUUUCCGCACUGCCAUCCAAUAUCCUUUGGGCUGGUCGUCUCAACUCUACACAAACGACUACGUUUUCGUUGAUUGCUUCAUUGAUCGCUCUGUAUAGAUGUUUUUGA